UACUUUCCAGUCUUUCUUCAGUCCCUCGGUUUCAUCCAACACCUCAACCGUUUCCCAUAUUUCCUGAUUUCUUCCCAUCCCUUCACUCCAAGCCUCAGAAAGCAGUUCAAGGAGCUGGCAGCCAGUAACAGAGUCACAGCAGAGCAAACCGCAGGAGAAACUGAGGCUGAAGGAAAGAAGCCGCUUCAGGUCCCCGAACGGCACCGGAGACGCGCGGCGUGGCGUGCGUGAUCAGGAAGCGUCGCCUGUGGGAGUUCUGGUUCCACGGAUUAUAAAAGUGAAGAGCCCGCAGCGCAGAGUGGUUCUGGCUUUGUCUGUUUCACUGAACGGAUUGAUUGUCGCUCCUCCUGAAAGCCAUGAACGUUUCGCCCUCGGAGCGGAGGAAAGACAUGCGGCAGCUGGCGCUGGAGGUCGGGAUCCGAGUUCUGCUCUUCGGAGUUUUUGCGUUUACGGAGUUCUUGGAGCCCUUUGAGAGAGUUAUCCAACCGGAGGAGCUUUGGCUCUACAGGAAUCCUCUGGUUGAAUCGGACCACAUUCCUAAAAGGGUCAUGUUUGCAAUUUCCUUCCUUACCCCACUGGCAGUGAUAUUCGUGGUGAAGAUAAUUCAGAGAACGGACAAGACGGAGAUAAAGGAGGCAUGUUUAGCUGUGUCCUUGGCACUCGCAUUAAAUGGGGUUUUCACAAAUACCAUCAAGCUGAUUGUUGGCAGACCAAGGCCAGAUUUCUUCCAGCGCUGUUUCCCAGAUGGUCAAAUGAAUGCAAAGAUGAUGUGCACCGGCGAGCCAGAGAUGGUGUCUGAAGGACGUAAAAGCUUCCCCAGCAGCCAUUCCUCCUUUGCAUUCUCUGGACUCGGGUUCACCUCCUUCUACCUGGCUGGAAAGCUGCAGUGCUUCACAGACGGUGGCCGGGGUCGAAGCUGGCGACUUUGUGCCAUGGUUCUACCUCUUUACAGCGCCAUGAUGAUUGCACUGUCCAGGACGUGUGACUACAAACACCACUGGCAAGAUGCCUUUGUGGGAGGAGUGAUCGGGUUGCUGUUUGCUUACAUCAGCUACCGCCAGCACUACCCCCCCUUCCUGCACAUGGACUGCCACCUGCCUUACGCCAGCCUGGCUGCUGCCAGCCUGGCUGCAGCCAGCAGGGCGCCCCCCCCGGCCCAGGAUGACCCGCAGCCCGUCGACAACGCCACCACCCUGCCCAUGGAGGGCUUGACCGAGGGGCCAGUAUGACUAUUGGCCCCUAGUGAGACAGUCUCCUCUACGCCCACCAAGCCGCUAAACCCGCUUCCCCAUUCCUAGACAAUGACUGGCUCUGAUAUACAUUCCACUGGACACAACAAAAAAAAAAAAAAACACUUGAACCAUUUCCAAGCAUUGAUAAUUUGUCUCGGUGACGUCUUCUUUUUUUUUAAUCUUGAUUUUGCGCAGCAGCCGUUAAAGUUUAUAUUUAGAUGUAAGAGAGGAAAGUCAGGAUGUGGAACAUCUCCUCUGAGAAAGCAGAGACAACAACAAGCUGCAAACCCGGGGAAACGUCGUGUUUAUGGCUGUGAGCGAUGAGUCAAAUAUUUCCACAUUCUGCAGAAACCUUUGCCUAAUGAGAGGCAGGUUUAAUUGUUUUAUGCUGCUCUAGAUAUAUAUUUUUUUGGUGUUGAAGGGUUUGAUGUAAACAAUCAGUGAGGUAGUCUGAGUUCACAGCAACUAAACCAUAAAAUGACAUUAUUACUACAAACAGAUCAUAACGACUAGACUCAGAAAUGACAUGGCAGCAUCAGAAAACAGAGUUUUUGUCUGAAAAUUCAAGGACAUUCAACUAACCUGCUGAUUUUAAUCAUUUUUGGUUGCCCAUAGCAACAUAAUGAUAAACAUAGAUCUGAUACAUCUGCGCAGAGGCAGUGGUACCCGUCAAAAUAAAGUUCAAUAUUCCAUUACUUCCCGCUCUCCAGGGCUCACAUGACCUGCACAUCCCUGCUCUUCUCAUUACCCAUCUUCCCUCUCUGUUUCUCUCUGUUUCUCUGUUUCUCUCUCUAUCCGUCUCUCGAUCCGUCUCUCUAUCCGUCUCUCUCCAAACCAAAUCUUUUUUUUCAUACAAGCAGCAUUUAACACAUGUUCACAGAGGUUGCACAGGGACACUGACCCUCAAUGAGUGCAAUCAAUUACGAGCAGGUGGGAGUGGGCACACAGAAGUGCGUCUCAAUAGGCACAAACUCCAAUCUGAUCCUGCAUUAAUCCUCAUUAAGUGAGGUCAGCCUCGGCUGCUUAUGAGGAUAUUAGGAGCGGGUGAGGCAGCUCGCUAACUCCCAGAGCUUGGCAAAUAGCUUUUAGCUCACUGCCCCCCCCUCCUCCGCACACACACACAUAGAUGAUCCAGCCUUAAGCACAAGCCGGGUGAUUUUGACGUAUUAUUCAUCCAUUACAGCUCCAUUAUUUGUUAACAUCCGGAAAGCUUGCUGAAGGAAGAUGACACCAAAGAUUUAAAGCUUUUUUUCCCUCUUUGGGAUGCAGGCUUUGUCAACAGAGAUGGCAUCUAACAAGAUUAUUGCCCCCUCCCCAACUUCUCCAUAUCAUUUUCAAACCAAUUUGUUGCCUCUUGCAGGCUGUUAGAAAUGAUGGAUCACUUUGUUGCCUUGGUUACGGGCUGUUUUUCGACAUUGCGGUGACAUUGACAGGGAGGUUCAGUCUGAGUUCACCUCUCACCCAGCGUGGACCCAGAACACGCCUCAGAAAACCACAACAAAUAUCUUCAUAUGUGCAUAAUUGUUUGUUCGACCAUCGUUGCACCAGUUUAUGACGGCCGUGUUGAUUUAUUUGUCAAUGGAAACUAAAGAAGUCUAAUCAAAUUUUGCAUAAUACUGCAGAUAUAAGACAAAAUGUUAUCGGGCUUAUCAAACUACACCAGAAAAAAACCUUCCAUUUGCAUAUUACAGACAGCAUCUGGGUUCUUAUUUAUUCCAUGUUUCUCAAGCUAUAGAAAUGUUCUGAAAAAGUUCAGUUGUUUAUUAAAGUUGGUUGAAAGAAAAUUAAAGUCAUAUAGAUUAAUCACAAAUAGGAACAUUUUUGAAAGUUGAAUACAGACGAGUCAUUUCAUGGUAAUUGCCGUGGUAAAAAAAUACUGAUUUGACCAGCAGAGAGCUCCUGACACUAGGAGUAAGCCCUGGGUGAGCUGUGACGAGAGUUUUAUCUAUAUAACUACAGUGAUGGAAAGUUAGGUGGUAGGACAAUGUGUGGUAAAACCAUUAGAACAGUUAGUGAGCUUCACACCCUAACUUACACAGACUUAUCCAAGACAUGGCAUUUCCAGCCAGGACUUGUUAGAUCAGUUUUCAACAAAAGACAAUGUCAGAAAACUCCUGGGAAAACACUCCGAAGAAAAGUCUUUGAGGUGUAGGAAGAGUUUCAGUCCGGCGUGAAGAUUCCUCUGUGGGUGAUCAUUUGGAUCCCAAAUCAACUGUUAGUGUUGGUCCUCUGAGCUUCAUGACGUCCAAAGUCUGUGGUUUACAUUGAUAAAGCUUGUCAGCAUAAAGCUCCUGCUGGAAAGCUUUCUGGAGAAGCUAGUUUUAUUUAUAAGGAGGAUUUAGCGCUUGUAUACACUGCCAAACGUUUCUGUAGCUGCGUUACGGUAGCAUCACUGUGAUCCCUGGUGUCCUCACAGCAAACCCACGGAGCAUCAUGAAAUAAGCCAGGAUGUCCAGAUGACCUGAAAGGCAACCUGGGUUUCCUGAACCACUCAAAUCUAAUCCAUUUGUAUUAUCAAAGUUUAAAUAUAAAAAUGCAAUUUAAUCUGGCCUUAGAUUAACAUGCUGGAAAAAUCUUUCCAAUGCUUUUGUCUUAAUAAGAGAUCAAAACUAUAAAUAACUGAGUCAAAGGUGUUAGCGAUCUUUUCUCCAUUUCUACCUCACCGCAUGCUGUAGCUGAACCUGCUGUCUCUGAACAGACAUGUAAUCAAACACUUUUGUUUUUCCCUGGUUGUAAAAGUUUGAACCUUCAGUUCUUAUUUUACAGGUUUUAAGCUGAUAACUGCAUGUGUACAAAAUGAUAAUAGAUUCUUACGAAGUUUACCCAAUUGUGAAAAACAGCACACACACAGAACCAAAAUAACACCGGAACAAAAGACAGAAAGCAAAGUUAGUGCAAUAAAAUGUGAACAAUUCUUACAAAAAAGAAGGAAAAAUGUCUUUAUAAUAAGUUAAGGCUUUCAACCUUAUGUGCAAAAUAAGGAAGCUUUUUCCAUAGUGGAGGUGCAACAAUGAGGCAGCUGAGCUCUUGUUGAGUUUUGUGUUUGAGAACCUGAGGGCCUGGGAGGAGUGAUGCUGGUUGUUACACACACCGAGGAGUGAUGCUAGUUGUUACACACACUGAGGAGUGAUGCUGGUGCUUCUGCUGCUUCUAAUUAAGAGUCUUGCUGCUGAGUUUUGGACCAACUCAAGAGACUUUUUAUGGAUACAUGUGAAAAAUGCACAACCAGGGAAAGCUUGGACCCUCACUCCAUCUUUUGAUGUCUCGCUGCAAUGAGCUGCUGCUUUUAGGCUGUUUAUUAAAACAGUCCCAGUUUUAUCUACAAGGCCAGAAGAGACUGCAGCUCCACAUGACAUGUCAUCACUCAUGGUCAUCUUCACUUCCUGUGUUAUUUGUUGUCUGUGGGUGUUUUUAAAAUGACUUGUCUAAUUUGAAAAGAAAUGAUUAUGAUUUAUUCAUGUCUCAUGCUUUCAAUAUUUAUGGGUUUCGGUCGUGAAAAUAUUAUUAUAUUUGCCCCUUAACUGUAAUUUGGGACAGAUUGAUGGUCCACAUUUGGGACGUGGCUGUUUAAAUGAUUUCAUGCACCUUUUACGACAUUAAGGUCUGCUACUAUUAAGCCUCUAUCACGUAUGCAAUCCAGUGUUUCACUGCAACUGUGUGUGCAGAAAGGGUUUCCACUCUGAUGCAAUUUACAAAAUGAAACCCAACGCAGAAAGAAGAGCAGAUUGUGAACUCAUGUAACUUCGAUGGCACUUUUACCAACUUCAGACUGUUUCCAGCCUGGAGAUCUGAAGUUCGGUUCCUUCAGAGGACAUCUCCGAAAACGUUCUGCCGCAAACGCAUCAGUCUAAAAUGUGGACUUUGUCAGGUAGUUUGGGGGUUUAGGUGAUUCAGUAUUUAUCGCUGAGAAAAAAAAAGAGAUUCAAUCUGUUUGUUUCACUUCAUUUGAUUUGAUUCUAUUAUUUAUGAUCAAUCCUAUGUUCAGCUUUAAUUUGGUGCUAUACAUAUUUUUGUAGCAGUGUGUGUCACAUGUUUGAGAUGUUGGAUGUGUCAUUUUGACAUGUAAGAUCAGUCAUUUUCUACAAAAAAAUGAACAAAAGAACCUUUAUUUUACAUUAUAUGCUACCAGUGUUUUUAGCAGUGUUCGCUGUGAUUUCUCUUUCAGUUGCAUUGCCUCUACAAUGAAAGGAUAAAAGUAUCUAAAGCAUAUUAAAGAAUAAUUUAAAAGUACUUUAUGAUGAUUAUUUGUGUAAAGAAGUGUUUAAAAUGGUUUAUGGCAUGCCGGUUUUAUUUGUGAGAAAAGAUUUUUCUAUGAGGAAGCAUGUCAGGCCUUGAGAACUGUGUUUUUCUGUUUGUAUACUUUACGUACAAUAAAGGACUGCAGAUGUGUGAACUUUA